AAACGCAUCUCGAACUCGGGGAAAAAAAUAAAAAUCCGUCUGUUCGUUCGUCUAUCUUCUCUGCUAGGGUUUUCAUUCCUCAUUUCUGCAGUUUCCAGCUCGAACGCGACCGACCAAACGAUCAUUUUCCCAUUUCUAGGGUUUUUUGCAUAGAGAGAGAGAGAACGAGAUGGAUUGGGGAAACGUCACAGCCGAAGAUCUGAUGGACGCUCUUCGAGAAGUCGACUGGUCUUCCCCUCCUCGCCCGCUCACCGAGUUCUUCUCUCGAUUCACGAUCCCUAGAUCCUCUUCCAAGUGGAAUAGCCGCCUUAAAUGCAAUCUCUACUACUAUCGGACAAACUACUUCAUCAUGAUAAUAUUCAUUCUGGGAAUGGGGUUUCUGAGGAAGCCACUGGCUAUUGUUGCUGCUCUUUUAACAGCCCUAAGCAUCGGUUUCUUGAAUGACAGCUUUGCAGUUACUUUUAAUGAGAAGGUGACAAGAACUGUGAGGCAGUUCUCUCCACAUUUAGCUGCAAAGAUGAGACCCCCUAUAACGCCUGUUAUUCGUGGACGUCCAUCUGCGAAAAGAGCAAUUCAUAUAUGUGGAAGGCCUCGUUGGAUGUUUGUCUUUGUAUUUUCAGCAGCUAGUUGUAUCUUGUGGUUCACCUCAUGUGGGCUUCUUAUCGUCCUAUGGGCACUUGCCAUUGGCCUUCUUGCAACCAUCCUUCAUGCAAGUUUUAGAACACCUAAUCUGAAAGCUCGUCUGAACACAUUCCGCGAGGAGUUCCGUGCAGUGUGGCGCAAUUAUAGUGAGCUGUGAUUUCUUCACAGAAUGGCUCCUGUCAUCGUGAUAGCGGAUACGCGCGCGUGACCUUCUGAAGCCCCUGCUGUUCUUAUAAAGCUGUGCCAACUCACCCUUUAAGCAAGAAGGCUCGCAAAUCUCUGUACAGAGACACCUGCCUUGUAAAUCGUAUGCGAUUACUCAUCCUUAAUUUCUGUAGAAACUGUUUCCUGUAAUCCUCUCUUGGACUGCACAUUCAUGAAGAAAUUGUGUGGAUGAUGGUGCUCGGCGGAGUAAGCUGAAGGAAUCCCUUCUUUUCUCUGGCCUCAUGCGAUCAUAAUGCAUCUGAUUACUUAAUCACCAUCUGCUUGGUAUUAAUAGAGUAAGACAUGCCGUGGUACAAAUGGUUGUCAUUUCUGGCAAUAAUUUGAGUAUAAGCCAUUGGUGAAUCUACUCUUCUUCUU